UCCGCUUAGACUACCUUGUAGAAAAGCCACAGGACAAAAAAGAUUUGCUCUAAUGCUAACAGACGGGGUGGGGGAGCCCAGUAAGUCCCGUCUGGUGACCUACAGUCAGUCAAGGGAGAAUUUGAAACUGGACACUCACAGAAGGGAGAAGACAGCCGCCUGCAAGUCAAAGAGAGAAGCCAGGAACACAGCCUUCCCUGGGAACUGCAGGAGGAACCGACCCUGCUCACACCUUCCUCCAGGACGUCUAACCUCCCAAACUGUACAGAGCUCUGGGAACCACGUGUUUUCUGUCUAUAAAUAUCAGGACUUGUCACUCUGCAUCCAGCAGUCAUUGGACUUCAACAUGGUCACUUCUCAGUUGCUGGCCUACGUGGCACUUUUGUUUUUCUGUGUCUUCAAAGCCAGCUCUCUAGACACUUUUAUUGCGGCUGUUUAUGAGCAUGCCGUGGUAUUGCCUAAUGCCACCCUAACGCCAGUGUCUCCUGAGGAGGCCUUGGCAUUAAUGAACCGGAAUCUGGACCUUUUGGAAGGAGCGAUCACAUCAGCAGCACAGCAGGGUGCACAUAUUAUUGUGACUCCAGAAGACGGUAUAUAUGGCUGGAACUUCACCAGAGAAUCUCUCUACCCGUACUUGGAGGAUAUCCCACACCCUCAAGUAAACUGGAUCCCCUGUAAUAAUCCUAACAGGUUUGGCCACACCCCAGUACAAGAACGACUCAGCUGUCUGGCCAAGGAUAACUCUAUCUACGUUGUGGCAAAUAUUGGGGACAAGAAGCCAUGCAAUGCCAGUGACACUCAGUGUCCCCAUGAUGGCCAUUACCAAUACAACACUGAUGUGGUGUUUGAUUCUCAGGGUAGGCUGGUGGCACGCUACCAUAAGCAUAACCUUUUCAUGGGUGAAAAUCAAUUCAAUGCACCCAUGGAGCCUGAGGUUGUGACUUUCAACACCACCUUUGGAAGGUUUGGCAUUUUCACCUGCUUUGAUAUACUCUUCUAUGAUCCUGCAGUCACCCUGGUGAAAGAUUUCCAUGUGGACACCAUACUCUUCCCAACGGCUUGGAUGAAUGUUUUGCCACAUUUGUCAGCUAUUGAAUUCCACUCGGCUUGGGCCAUGGGCAUGGGGGUCAAUUUCCUUGCAUCUAAUACACAUAAUCCCUCGAUGAAAAUGACAGGAAGUGGCAUCUAUGCACCCGAUUCUGCAAGAGCAUUUCAUUAUGAUAUGAAGACAGAGGAGGGAAAACUCCUCCUGUCACAACUGGAGUCCCACCCAUCCCACCCUGCAGUAAACUGGACGUCUUAUGCUAGCAGUGUAGAAGCACCCGCAACUGGAAACCAGGAAUUUAAGGGCAUUAUCUUUUUUGAUGAAUACACUUUUGUGGAGCUUACAGGAGUCACUGCGAAUUACACAGUUUGUCAGAAAGAUCUCUGUUGUCAUCUAAGUUACCAGAUGUCAGAGAAGAGAGCAGAUGAGGUUUAUGUCCUAGGGGCAUUUGAUGGACUGCACACCGUGGAAGGCCAAUAUCAUCUACAGGUUUGCACUCUGUUGAAGUGUAAAACGACUGACUUAAACACUUGCGGUGACUCAGUUGAAAUAGCUUCUACCAGGUUUGAAAUGUUCUCCCUCAGUGGCACUUUUGGAACCCCGUAUGUCUUCCCCGAGGUGUUGUUGAGUGAGAUUCAGCUUGCACCUGGAGAAUUUCAGGUGUCAAGUGAUGGGCGCUUGUUUAGCCUGAAGCCAACAUCUGGACCUGUCUUAACAGUGACUCUGUUUGGGAGGCUGUAUGAGAAGGACUGGCCAUCAAACACGUCAUCAGAUCUCUUAGGACAAGCACUACAAAUAAUGCUAGCAGUCGUAGUACUUGUUGUAUACUCAUUAUAUUGGUAGAAUAUUUAGGUUUUCUCUCUUUUGUUUGGGAUAAUUUAAAAAUUUGAUGGAUGAAGAAUAAAAGAUUGGCCUUAUUUUGUCA